AUGAAGGCUGCUCUGUGUGCCCUCGUCGCUCUUCUGGUUGUCGCAAUGGCCUCCGCUGGCUACCACGGUGGCUACGGACACGGCUACGGACAUCACGGAGGCUACAGCUCCGCCCUUAGCUACAUCUGGGACAACCAAAGAGCUCACUACGGUUAUGGUCACGGUCACGGCGGAUACGGCGGAUACGGUCACGGAUACGGCGGAUAUGGUCACGGAUACGGCGGAUACGGUCAUGGCUACGGAGGCUAUGGUUACGGACACGGCGGUUACGGCCAUGGUUUCUACGGCUAA